AAACCCUAGAACCCAGAGAGAAAGAAGGGGUAGGAGAAAAUGCCGCCGAAAUUCGACCCGAGCCAAGUUGUAGAGGUGUUCGUCCGGGUCACCGGCGGUGAGGUAGGAGCGGCGAGUUCGCUCGCGCCGAAGAUCGGUCCACUCGGUCUCUCCCCGAAGAAGAUCGGAGAAGACAUCGCCAAGGAGACGGCCAAGGAAUGGAAGGGUCUCCGAGUCACCGUCAAGCUCACCGUCCAGAACCGUCAGGCGAAGGUAACGGUUGUUCCGUCGGCGGCGGCUCUAGUCAUAAAAGCGCUCAAGGAGCCGGAGCGUGACCGGAAGAAAACGAAGAACAUCAAGCACAAUGGCAACAUCUCCCUCGACGACGUCAUCGAGAUCGCCAAGGUGAUGCGUGGGAGAUCCAUGGCGAAGGAUCUGAGCGGAACCGUGAAGGAAAUCCUCGGCACGUGCGUCUCGGUGGGUUGCACCGUCGACGGAAAGGAUCCCAAGGAUCUUCAGGAGGAGAUCUCCGACGGCGAGGUUGACAUCCCAAGCGAGUGAAACGGUACACAUUUGAGCUUUUCUCCCUUGUUUCGGUUGGUUUUCCCAAGUAUCAUAUGAUUUCAAGAUUCAGAACAGUGAACGAAUUCGCCGGACAAUUUUGUGUGAUUGUUUAUUAUAUGAAUCUCGUUGUUGAGUUGAGGUAAA